GAAGUAUGAAUUUAAAGCAUCAAUACUCAAUUUAAAAACCCAAUUCCAAUCCUAAUUUCCCAAUUGCCGCCAUUAAAUUCUUCCAUGUCAGGUUACAUUCGUUUUGUACAAUGUCUUCGUCGAGUAAUCGCCAUUUCAAUUUCAACACCAAUUCCAAAUUCAACCCUAGAAACUAAUCUUCUUUAUCCUAAAACCCUAAACCCUGAUUUCAAAAAACCCCAAUUUAGCACAAGUUCAUCAUCAGCUGGAGGAGUGUGGAGGGACCCAAAUAGAAUAUCAAUAUGGAGGAGAAAGAAAGAAAUUGGGAAAGAAGGAUUAAUUGUUGCGAAAGAAUUGAAGCGUCUUCAAUCAAAUCCUAUUCGUCUUCAACGUUGUAUUCAAUCUAAUGUUUCCCGCCUUCUUAAAUCUGACCUUGUUUCAGUUCUUGCUGAAUUUCAACGCCAAAACCAAGUCUUUCUUUCCAUGAAGUUGUACGAUGUUGUGCGCAAAGAGAUAUGGUACAGACCAGACAUGUUCUUUUACAGAGACAUGCUCAUGAUGCUCGCAAGGAACAAAAAAGUAGAGGAAGCAAAACGGGUAUGGGGCGACUUAAAGAAAGAAGAGGUCUUGUUUGAUCAGCACACCUUUGGUGAUAUUAUACGGGGUUUUUUGGACAAUGGACUGCCUGAUGAGGCAAUGGAAAUAUAUGAUGAAAUGAGGCAGUCCCCUGAUCCCCCUCUUUCCCUUCCUUUUCGUGUCAUUCUGAAGGGGCUAGUCCCCUAUCCCGAAUUGAGGGAGAAAGUUAAAGCAGACUUCUUGGAGCUUUUUCCUGGUUAUUCUGUUUAUGAUCCUCCUGAAGAUCUUUUUGAAGAUCAAGAAUGGAAAACAGAUAGUGAGUUGGAUUAGAAGGCACGU